AUGGCUUCUAACCUUUUUGAUACUUUCCACAAUUGGUUUUUUCUUAUACAAUUCUUACUACCGUAUUCUUUUAACGCCGUUCUCAUUCAAAUAUCAUAUGCGACAAAUAUAAAUGGAGUAAACAGUGAAAAAACAAUAACUGUAUUGAAUGGGACAACAACUAUGUUGAACUGUGAACCAGCUGAGAAUUUAAUACGAGCGCAUAUGGCACCAGAUUUUGAAAAACCGCAGUUGAUUCGUAAAUUAGACUGGUUUUUAGAUGAUACGAUUGUUGCAAGUUAUCAACAAGUAAGUGAUUUUUUAGAAUUUGAGAAAUGUUUUCAGUGGUAA